AUGACAGCAGUAAAUUCUAAAAACAUGUAAGAAGUUGUACGAAACUGAUUAAUACAGUUUCUAAUAAUUCUAUUUCUAAUAAAUAAAAAUAAAAUAAAAUUCAUUAUAUUAUUUCUUUAAUUAUCACUGCAAAAGUCAUUACGUCAUUGCGGGAAAAAAAUGUAAUAAGAAAUUUUAAAAUAAAAUUGUAAAACCAGUCAUUUUGACUAAUGUGGUAGUUCGAGUGUUAAUUAAGAAACUGCUAAAACAUUUGUUAACAUAGGAAAGACAUAUAUACGGAAAAGAAAAAUUUAGAAGAUUUCAAUCAAUACUUAAUGCUGGAGUCAAUUACUUUAUGUUAAUUUAAUAGUUAAUGAAAUUGGAACAAUCUUUAAGAGUCUCUCAAUUACUUUUCAAUCUCAAAGUUUCAAUUAUUGAGUUCCAAACAAAAAAUAAUAUUUUAUCAAUCUGCUGAAUUCGACUUAUUUUCGCCGUGUUGUUAUUAGAUUUUAUGUAAAAUUUAUAACAAAACUUCAUUCUUUAUUAGGAUCUUUCACAAAAUUAUAGCAGAUGACUUUUUCUCUACAAUUUUAUUGUUUUUGCUUUUUAUAAUUUUUGAAUAUUAUUGAAUGAAUCAGUGUGAUCAACGUAAUGAAUCUAAAAGAAAUUUUAAAUGUUACUCUCAAAUGCAUCUAAUUUCAAAUGUUAACCUCACAUGAUCUUGACACAUGAGAUCCUGAGUCUAAUAUUUUUACAAUAUUGUUUUAGUAAUUUUGCAAAGAUGGAGAAGUGGAUACACGAAAAUUUAUCCGAAAUUUUUGAUUUUCCAGUAUCAAUAGAAUUUGCAAAGUAAGAAAAUUACAUCAAAAUGAAAGGAUAUUUCCUUGAUGUGAUUUAAAUAAUAAUAAUAUUCCUUGAUGAUAUUCCCUGAUGAUGAUAAUAUCAUAUAAUGUAUUUGUUUCAGAAUCAUAAUGAAAAUGGAAAACGAAAGAGACUUGGAUGACUAUUUGCUAUCUCUUUUAGAUUAUACUAAUGGAAAACAUAGGCAGUUUAUUUCAGAAUUGAAAAAACGACAAGCUUUAAGUAAAGAUCAAAGUAAAUAUAAAAAAGAAAAUGAUGUAGAUAAUGGAAAAAAAAAGCAAAAUGAGAAAAAAAAAGGAAAAGUAAAAGGAAAAGAGAGCAAAGAAAAUAAACAGGUAGAUAUAAAUGUAAUUGCGAAACAAAAGAACAUCCACUAAUUAAUAAUUGUCUCAGCUGUGGUAGAAUAGUCUGUGCUCAAGAAGGAGCUGGUCCUUGCUUUUUUUGUAAAGAACUUGUAUGUUCUCAGGAAGAACAAACCAUUCUUUCUAGUAAUACUAAACAAGCUGAUCUGUUAUACAAUAAAUUAAUAAAUCAAAAAACUAAUAAGAAUCUGGAAGAAUCAAUAAAACAGAGAGAUAAACUUUUGGAAUAUGAUCACAAUGGAAUACAAUGCACAAAAGUAAUUGAUGAUGAAUGUGACUAUUAUCAAUCAAAUAGUACAUGGUUAACAGAUAAACAACGAGAAAAGUCAAAGAAGUUAGAAGAAGAAAUACAUGAAAGAAAGCAUAUGUCUCGUUUAAAUAGAAAAAUCUAUGCUACUAUUGAUUUCACAGGUAGAGAAGUAAUUGAAGAAAAUGCAACGGAAAAUUUUGAGAAAUUCAGUGAAGAAUAUUUGCAAGAUGUAUCUGAAUCAUUUAGUGAAAUAGAAAGUAAUAUUUGUCCACAUAUAGAAUUUAAUCGCCCAAUGUAUAUAGAAUCAAAUGAAUUGCAACCACGAACAAAAGAGAUCAUUUCUUUUAACACAAGAAAUAUUAUUCAAGAUAAAGAAUAUUUAGAAAUGUCUGAUCCUGGUUUAUGUUUGAGUAUGCAUCAACCUUAUGCAUCUUUAUUAGUAGCUGGAAUAAAAGUUCACGAAGGUCGUACAUGGUAUUCAUCACAUAGAGGAAGAUUAUGGAUUGCUGCAACAUCAAAAAUACCAACUAAGGAAGAUAUUUCAAAUAUAGAACAGUGUUAUCGUGUUUUAAAAAAUGAAAAACUAAUGUUUCCAGAAAUUUAUUCAACUGGUUGCUUAUUAGGAUGUGUAACUGUUGUUGAUGUUUUAACACAAGAAGAAUAUAAAAAAUCUUAUCCAGAUGGAGAAAGUGAUAGUCCUUAUGUUUUCAUAUGUGAAAAUUUUUUUACAUUGCCAAUUAAAUUUCCAAUACAAGGAAAACAUAAAAUUUGUAGGUGAAUCUUUUAAACUGAUACCACAAGCAUCACAGACUGAGACAUUUUUCUCAUUUACUAAUGUACAUUGUGGGCAUUCUUUUCCACCACUUGCUAAUGGUUUAUCUUCGUUUCCUUUGUGCCUAGAUUUUCCACACAUUUCACAAAUUUCUUUUGAUGAAAAAUUAAGAUAG